AUGCUUGCUGGAAUGCAAUCUCAAGCGACAAAUAAGAACAAGUCGAAGGAUAAUUUUGUAAAAGAGUUGGAACAGGAAUUCAAACAUAAGCAUCUGGGUUUACUCGGUGUAUUCAUCUGGGUAUUGUUCUUGCAUGUUGUCGGCAUUUUCUUCUUCACCAAGGGCUUUCUUCUCACUCGAAUGGUCCUGGAGAACAAGUCUUCCUGUGAUGUCCUUCCCUUUGGCGAUUCGUCCUCGAUCUCACCGGAGCAGUCGGAGCACAAUGAAUGCUGGCACCAAAAGUCAUUUGACAAGGCGGUUGUGAUCAUAAUUGACGCUUUACGCUACGACUUUACGGUCCCGUUUGUACCAAACUCAGAAUCCGACGAGGCCCAUCUUUUCCACGAUAACAUCCCAGUGUUGUAUGAGACUGCGGUUAAAACACCUCAAAACGCUUUUCUCCUACCGUUCAUCGCCGAUCCGCCAACUACAACAUUACAACGACUAAAGGGACUGACCACAGGAACUCUUCCUACAUUUGUCGACGCGGGAUCGAAUUUUGCGGGAACAGCAAUUGACGAAGACAAUAUCGUUGCUCAACUUCACGCGGCAGGGAAAAGUAUUGUUCAGCUCGGCGAUGACACCUGGCAGGCGCUUUUCCCCGGAUAUUUUAACCCCAAUCUUACUCGGCCGUUUGAUUCGUUCAAUGUGUGGGACUUGCAUACGGUUGAUAAUGGCGUGAAGGAACACUUAUUCCCUCUCCUGGAACCUCAGAAUCACACGAAAUGGGAUGUGAUAUUCGGACACUAUCUCGGUGUCGAUCACGCUGGCCACCGAUAUGGUCCAAACCAUCCCGCCAUGGCAGCGAAACUGAACCAGAUGGACCGAGAAAUUCGGGAAAUAAUGGCCCAGAUCGACGAUAGCACGCUGUUAGUAGUGAUGGGAGACCAUGGAAUGGACUCAAAGGGAGACCACGGUGGCGAAUCGAAUGACGAGGUCGAUGCUGCUUUGUGGAUGUAUUCUAAGAGGGGGGUGUUCGGCCGUACCAGUAAAGAAGCCGUUUUGCCGCCAGAGCACGCCCGGGACAGAUUCGUCCCUCAGAUUGAUCUUGUACCAACCCUUUCGCUGCUCCUUGGGAUUCCCAUCCCAUACAAUAACCUCGGAUCUCCAAUCGAGGAAGCCUUCAUUGGACCUAGUGGCAAUGACUGGAACAAUUUAGUUGCAGUCAACCGCCUGGCUUCUGCCCAGAUAAAGCGCUAUCAGCAUGCUUAUGCUCAAACCCGCGAUGGAAGCGAUGGCGAGGCGUCCCAGUCCAUUGAAUACUGGCAAGCAGCGGAAAAAGAAUGGGAGGAUCAUAGCAGCUGGGCCAGCUCGAAGAAGUUGGCCUCAAUCAACGAAAUUUAUAGGCAAUAUCAGCGGCACACUCUCCACAUCUGCAGGGAACUAUGGGCCAGCUUUGAUGUGCCAAGCAUGAUUCAAGGAAUUGGAAUACUCUUUGCUGGCAUUGUUUUACUGGUGUUCUAUGCUCGCGGAGUGCAUGGUGACCGAACAGAACUCACAGGUCCAUUCCUCUCGCGCGCCGGAAUAGGAUCGGUAUUGGGCGCUGUGGUCGGGGCUUCAUUGGCUAUUCUUGGAGUAACUGAGAUGAAAGUUCCCGAAUUAUCAGCGCUUCUUGCAGCUGUUGGAAGCAUCUUCGGUGCCUCGUCAGCCAUUUUCUUUGGUGCUCAGCGCUUGUCGUUGCCUCUUCCAAACUCAAUUUGGGGCUGGUUGGCUGUUAUCUUCACAGUUAGUCAGUCUGUUGGUUUCGCGUCCAACUCGUAUACGAUAUGGGAGGAUGAGAUCCUGCUAUUCUUUCUCUGCACGUUCGGCGUUGUUUCUGGUAUCUCAUCGAUGCGCCAGCAAACGACCACGGACAGGGUCCUAGGAGUGUAUCAUUCGAUCGUCUUCGUCCUGCUUGGAAGAAUAGGAUCUUUAUCUCGCCUUUGUCGCGAGGAGCAAAUGCCGUUCUGUCGCUCAACUUACUAUGCAUCUAGCACAUCCUCUACCUCCGCUCCGUGGCAGCUGGCUAUUCCGUUUCUCAUAACGCUUAUUUUACCAACUGUCAUCAAGGGUUUCUAUGCUGGAUCAAAAUCAUAUGAAGGAGCAGCCAGCCUAUGGAUUGGCCUUGGUUUCCGCCUAGGGCUUUUCGUUACUUCCAUCUUCUGGGUGCUCGAGGAACUCGACGGCAAAGACUGGUUACCUCUCCGUGGUGAAACUUUGAAGUCAAUCCGGGUAUUCUUAGCCCAGCUUGUUCUCGGCCUUGCAUUCGCUGCCGGCACAACCGCGUUCAUUUACUCGAAGCCUUGCGUCAGCAUCGAUGUCGCACAAAACAACGCAGAGCCGGAAGCCAGGCGGCCCUCUCCUGGCGAGCAACAAGUGCCAAGGACAACCGUCACAAUCCUUGGAUUCGGCAACGUUCACGGCACCCGAUUUUUCUUCCUUGCCAUCAACUUCUGCCUUGCUAUAACUCUGAUGCAGAAACCCAUGGGCCAAGGCGCCAUGGGCCUCCUCCUCUGGCAGAUCCUCUCCCUCCUCGAAAUCCUUGAUACAAAUUCACUGGUAACAAGUAACUCAGCCAUUGGUCCUGUCGUCCUAGGCCUUCUGGGCUCCUUCUACUACUUCAAAACUGGCCACCAAGCCACCAUAAGUAGUGUUCAGUGGGAAACCGCCUUCAUCCCUCUAACAACGGUCAAAUACCCCUGGUCCCCGCUUCUCGUCAUCCUGAACACCUUCGGGGCCCAAAUCCUCGCCGCAAUUGCCGUUCCACUCACAGCUCUUUGGAAGCGGCCCUUACAGCUCCACGAUAAGAACUCCGCCUCCAACAAACCGGCCCUCAAGCUCCUCUCCGACGUCGCACAAGCUUCGGCAACAUACGUCCUAUACUUUGCGACCAUCAACCUCGCCACAACAAUGUGGGCAGGCCACCUCCGCCGCCACCUUAUGCUCUACCGGAUCUUUAACCCGAGAUUCAUGCUCGGCGCUCUUGUCCUGGGCGUCGUGGAUGUCGUCCUCAUUCUGUUCUCUGUUGCCGGUGUGCGGUGGAGUACCUUGAGUAUAGGCGAGAUUUUCGGUUGGUAA